GGGAGGCGGGCGCACGGCGAUGGCGUCACCUUCCGGCGCUGCCUCUUGGUUUCCCUGGCAACUGGCGCGGUCUGGGUAAGGGAGAUGCUUGCGAGGCGGCAGCGGGAUCCCCUCCAGGCCCUGAGGCGCCGCAAUCAGGAGCUGAAGCAGCAGGUUGAUAGUUUGCUCUCUGAGAGCCAACUGAAAGAAGCUCUAGAACCCAAUAAAAGACAAGAUAUUUAUCAAAGAUGUAUCCAGUUAAAGCAGGCAAUAGAUGAAAAUAAAAAUGCUCUUCAAAAAUUAAGCAAAGCUGAUGAACCUGCACCUGUUGCAAACUAUAAUCAGAGAAAAGAAGAGGAGCAUAAUCUUUUGGACAAGCUUACCCACCAACUGCAGGGCCUUGCUGUGACAAUAAGUAGAGGAAAUAUAACUGAAGUUGGGGUGUCUACUGAAGAAGAAGAAAGUGAAAGUGAAGAAAGUGAAGACAGUGGUGAGGAGGAAGAAGAUGCAGAGGAGGAAGAAGAUGCAGAGGAGGAAGAAGAUGAAGAGGAGGAAGAGGAAAAUGAAUCUCACAAACGGUCAACCAGUGAAGAAUACAUUGCUGUUGGAAAUUUUACUGCUCAGCAAGUUGGAGAUCUUACAUUUAAGAAAGGGGAAGUUCUCUUUAUAAUUGAAAAAAAACCUGAUGGUUGGUGGAUCGCUAAGGAUGCCAAAGGAAAUGAAGGUCUCGUUCCCAGAACCUACCUGGAGCCUUAUAGUAAAGAAGAAGAAGAUCAAGAAUCAAGUGAAGAGGGCAGUGAAGAAGAUGUAGAGGUGGUGGAUCAAACAGCAGAUGGAGCAGAAGUUAAGCAAAGAACUGAUUCCCACUGGAGUGCUGUUCAAAAAGCGAUCUCAGAGCAGAUAAACACUGUUGAUGUGUUAACCACGAUGGGAGCUAUUCCUGCAGGAUUCAGGCCUUCCACACUCUCGCAACUUCUGGAGGAAGGGAAUCAAUUUCGAGCAAGUUACUUCUUACAACCAGAGCUCAUGCCUUCUCAACUGGCCUUCAGAGAUCUGAUGUGGGAUGCUACAGAAGGCACUAUUAGGUCAAGACCAAGUCGUAUUUCAUUGAUUCUGACAUUAUGGAGCUGUAAAAUGAUUCCUCUUCCAGGAAUGAGCAUACAGGUUCUCAGCAGACAUGUACGCCUCUGUCUAUUUGAUGGUAAUAAGGUUCUGAGCAACAUUCAUACAGUCAGAGCCACAUGGCAAUCUAAAAAGCCCAAAACAUGGACCUUUUCUCCCCAGGUUACUCGCAUCUUGCCAUGUUUGCUUGAUGGUGAUUGCUUUAUCAGGUCCAAUUCUGUGUCUCCAGAUCUUGGAAUAUUAUUUGAACUUGGAAUUUCUUAUAUUCGCAAUUCAACUGGUGAAAGAGGAGAGUUAAGUUGUGGCUGGGUAUUUCUUAAACUUUUUGAUGCCAGUGGAGUUCCUAUUCCAGCAAAAACUUAUGAGCUCUUCUUGAAUGGUGGUACUCCUUAUGAAAAAGGUGUUGAUGUGGACCCUUCAGUAUCCAGAAGAGCACACGGCAGUGUUUUCUACCAGAUGAUGACAAUGAGAAGGCAGCCGCAACUUCUAGUCAAACUGAGGUCUUUGAACAGAAGAUCAAGAAAUGUACUAAGUCUACUUCCAGAAACAUUAAUUGGAAGUAUGUGUUCCAUUCACUUGUUGAUAUUUUAUCGACAAAUUCUUGGAGAUGUGCUCCUGAAAGACAGGAUGAGCUUGCAAAGUACUGAUUUAAUUAGUCAUCCCAUGCUGGCUACCUUCCCCAUGCUCUUGGAGCAGCCUGAUGUGAUGGAUGCCCUCAGGAGUUCAUGGGCUGAAAAAGAAAGCAUGUUAAAAAGAUCAGAGAAGCUCUCAAAGCCCGUUAUCAGGUAAAUAGAAGGAAAAACAAAAAAUUGGCCUGAGCUGUACCAUAUAUUGAAAACAAAGUAUUGCUUCUGCUUAUGUUGCUAUAAAAUCAUUGUAACUACCAAUCCGAACUUGCUUUAAUCAGUGAGUAGUGGUUUGGUUGCUUUCAUCCAGGAUUUGGCAAAUGUUUCUGG